CCCACCCUCUAAUGAGUGAGCGAGUUUCUGUUGUCCACACUGUUCCCUGACCGAGCUGUGUCGGAGAACCAGGGUUCGGCUUUCUUCUGUGAAUCUCUCAGCUCUUUUUUUGCAGAAUGAGGUUUUCCGCAUCGUUUUUAUGCUUCCUAAUUGGUCUUUUAGGACUAGGAGGGAUUUGCAGUUUGGUGGAAGAUGAGGGGGAGGAACCGGAGGAUAGAGACCUGAGCAAAGCUAUUUUGGAGAUGCUGCACAUAAAUAAACUGUCAGCACCUCAGCAAGCAAAGCCACACCCCUACAUGAAGCACGUUUACCAGUCCUUGGACACACAGGAGAGAGACCCGAGUGGGGCAGAUGGAACUCUUGUACAGAGUUUCCGGAGCAUUGAAGAUUCAAAGUACGGCACUCCAGGAUGGAUCUGGUUCAACAUGUCCCAGCUGAGUCCCUUCAUGAGGGUUGCAGAGCUGGUCCUGCUGAGGAAGACUCUUCAUCACAAGCCGCUUAGUGUGACGGUCACAGUACAUUGUCUUUCACCAGGAAGAGACAACCUGAGCAUUAGUGGCCCACUUGUGGAGCACUUAUUGAGUCUGGACCGGGUUCCUCCAACAGGCUAUGACGUUUUUGACGUGACAGCUGCAAUAACCCAGCCAUCGAGCCGCUCAGAUAUCCUAGGCUUCCAGCUUCGCUUUGGCGAUGAGAGCGGCAGCCUGGUUCUCCAUGAAGCCCUCACACAGAGCCUCUACUGCUUGAAUGGCAGCUCUCUUCGCCAGCCGCUUUUAGUGGCCUACAGGAGCAAAUCAAUGGAGCUAAAGCAGAGGGCUUCAGGAGUGAGCUCAGUACACAGGCAGAGCUGCAUGGUCAGCUCAGAAUAUGAGAAACGGCAAAUACAUUUGAGACAUGGGAGACAUGUAGCUGCAUGCAAGCUGUAUGUACAUCAUGUCGACCUUCAUACGAGCAAGUUGAGUCAAUGGAUACUGCAGCCAUCCAGUUUCAACAUAAGUAUUUGUAGAGGUAUCUGUUUGAAAGAAAUGUCUGCGUCACCCAUUCCUGUUCAGAGACAAAGAAAACACCACAGAGAAAAUGAUUUACUUCAAAGAUCAAACUGCACUCCACAAGGACUGUCAUCUCUCAUUGUGAUGUACAACAGUGACACUGCGGAUAUUAUUAUAAAGGAGCUAAAGGAUAUCAGAGCUGAGAGAUGUGUGUGCCAACCAACUGCUCAAUGAAAAGGACUGCAAAAAUAAUCAAACUGAAGUUUGUGAAGUAUUUGAGAACAUGACCAGUGUAGGAAGACGUAGCCUAUGUGAACCCUUGGAUUAUGCAUUUCUGCAUUAGGCUAUAUUUGAUUUGAACAUAGAAAACACGGCAUAACAGAUAGCAGUGGUAAACACUCACAAUGCAACAUGCAGCAGUUAUCAUCACCAAACAUUGCCUGUAAUCAUGGCUUAUAAAUGCACAAUUGUAUUUUCUCUUUACAAAACUGUUUCAAUUAAUUAAUAUUCUUUGGAUGUCAGGUGUGAAUCUUGAGCUCAUGCCAAACCAUCUGGGUUCACAUACUUGUUUUCUGGAACUGUAUUUAGCCUAUAUGUUUUUUGAGAACUUACUUGAGAACAUUGCAGGUGCACUUUUGGCCACAUGAUGUCAUGAUAGAGCAAGAAAACGUUACUUUCAAUGUUUCUAGAGCAUCAAUGUUCCUAUAUCAAAGAGUCAAUACGUUCUUUGCCUAUACCUAUAUUUAAGAUUGUCAUGAGUUAUCAACAUCUCUAUCAAUGAGUAGGCCUAAUUAUAAAAAGGAAAAAAAUAGGAAAGACAAAAAGGUGUACCAGAGGUGCUUCAAGUAUGGAUGUGAUGUGAGGAACUGUUAAAUUCUUUGAGUUUGAAACCAUGUUUGCAAUUCGGACAGAAUGCCUUUUGAAAACUCCCAUAUUUAGAAUGAUAUCUUAAAGAAAGAAUGUGGAAAAUAAACAAUCUGUUCUGCAA